AUGAGAUCGAACGAUACUUACAAACGCUCUGCGGAGCCCAUCGCCGUCAUUGGAACCGGGUGCAAAUUUCCCGGUCAUGUCGACUCACCCUCAUCUCUGUGGACAUUACUUCGCGAUCCGUAUGAUGUUUUGGAGGAGAUACCCCCCAGUCGAUUCAAUACAAAAGGAUACUACCAUCAAGACUCUCAAUACCCAGGCCAUGCAAACGUCCGACAUUCUUAUGUACUUUCGCAGGAUAUCAGCCAAUUCGAUGCAGCUUUCUUUAAUAUCAAGGCUGAGGAGGCUGAUGCAAUGGAUCCUCAGCAUAGGAUCUUACUUGAGACGGUCUACGAAGGUCUCGAGUCAGCUGGACUGACUAUUACUGCCCUCAAAGGCUCCGACACUGGUGUUUUUGUGGGAAUGAUGUUUGCAGACUACGAAGCUCUGCAGUAUCGUGAUCUAAAACACCUCAACACUUACCACGGGACUGGUAAUGCACGGAGCAUUGCAUCUAACCGUGUAUCUUACUUUUUCGAUUGGCACGGACCGUCUUUUACGGUUGACACAGCCUGUUCUUCUAGUCUAGUUGCUCUGCAUCAAGCAACCCACGCGCUGCGCUCCGGAGAGUCUAGCGUAGCUAUCGUCGCCGGUACGAAUUUGCUGCUAGGACCAGAGAACUAUGUAUCUGAGACCAAGCUUCGCAUGCUCUCACCAGAAGGUCGUUCACGAAUGUGGGACGCCGAUGCCAACGGCUAUGCACGAGGCGAAGGCGUCGGUGUUGUUGUUCUCAAGACACUGAGCGAAGCCGUCGCUGCGGGCGAUCACAUCCAAUGUCUUAUCAGGGAGACUGGUGUUAAUCAAGACGGCCGCAGUCAGGGAAUAACUAUGCCGAGAGCAAGCGCUCAGGCGGCAUUGAUCCGAGACGUGUAUGCAAGGGCGGGCCUCGACAUCACUUCGAGAGAGGACAGAUGCCAGUAUUUCGAGGCUCACGGUACGGGCACGCCGGCGGGAGAUCCCGUAGAGGCAGAAGCCAUCCAUACGGCCUUUUUCGGCGAGAGCCAGCCCGACUGCUACCCGGACAAUGGUGUCAAGGAUCCACUAUACGUCGGUUCGAUAAAAACAGUCAUCGGCCACACAGAGAGCACAGCAGGUAUUGCCGGUCUUCUCAAAGUGGCACUCGCCAUGGAACAUGGUUUUAUCCCGCCAAACAUGCUGCUGAACCGGCUCAACCCAGCCGUUGUACCAUUUUAUGAAGGUAUGAACAUACCUCAACAACUCACACCGUGGCCAAGAGUGAAAAGGGGACAGCCGCGUCGGGCAAGUCUCAACAGUUUCGGUUUUGGAGGAACCAAUGCACAUGUGAUCGUGGAGAGCUUCCAGCCGCCUCAGAGAGGCGCAAACAGCGAGGGACAUGAAAUGACCCGGCCGUUUGUCUUCUCAGCGGCAUCGAAGCAAUCUCUUCUUGCCAAUUUAAGCUCGCUAGCUGCGCACCUAGAGGUGCAUCCUGAUAUAGACGCCGGCGACCUGGCCUUCACUUUAAGGAGUAGACGGUCUGUCUUGCCGCAUCGCAUUGCCUUAACGGCGGCGUCGAUCUCACAAUUGCAGUUGAAGUUGCAGGAGCCCGGUAUAGAGUUGCUGAAGGAAACUCGUCUGCGGCGAGGACCAGGAGUUAAAAGUGAAUCGCAGCCGCGUCUUCUGGGUGUCUUUACAGGUCAAGGCGCGCAGUGGCCUCGCAUGGGGGCCGAGCUAAUUGAGCAGUCUCCCUUGGCAUCCAGCGUACUGGAGGAUCUAGACGCGUGUUUAGCCGCAUUGCCACCGCCUGACAGGCCGUCGUGGACCUUAAGGGAUGAACUUCUGGCGGCAGCUUCAAAGAGCAGGCUGGCCGAAGCGAGUAUCGCUCAGCCAGUGUGUACUGCCGUGCAGAUUAUUCUCGUACAUCUUCUUCGCAACGCUGGCGUUUCAUUCACCGCUGUCGUCGGGCAUUCAUCGGGCGAGAUCGCAGCUGCUUUCGCUGCGGGCUUGCUCACUGCGCACGACUCCAUUAAGAUUGCCUACUAUCGUGGUAUCUACACGAAGUUGUGCCCUACCGGCGCCAUGCUGGCUGUGGGCACGACUGGGGAGGACGCACUCGAGGUGUGCCAGCUUGAGGACUCCGAGACCGAGUUGGCGUAGCUGCCUUCAAUUCUCCGC